AUGUCGGACGAUCAUAAAACGGGCAAGGCGGACCGCCCGGUGACUCAGCAACUGGAACUGCGGCCGGGAGAUCGCUCAUCCUCGAGGACGGCGUCUCCGGUUCGGCUCUCCACGGAACUCGCCCUGAAGGUGCAGACGCAGCUGGGUCGGAUCUCUACUCUCAAGGCCAUCGCAGAAAUUCUCCCGGAGUCUCCUGCAGAGACUUCUGUUGAAGAGGUAAAUCAGCUCUGGCUUCAAAUUGAGGAGACGCACAAGGCGUUUCUCAAGGAACACACCUACUUCGAGGUCUUAUGGCCCUUUGCGCUCACUCAUCACGAGCAUUUCUCGGGGAACGCUCAUCAGGAGAAAACGCUGUGCCACAUGCAAGCGCGACGCAUCAUCGGCGUACUCCGCCACUCACUGACAGCUUCGUCCGCUCAAUCAACCUGUGGUUCCCGUGGCAGCUCAUCCACCACUCAUCGCUCAGCGCGUCUACUCAUUGACGCAGGAUCUGAACUCACCUUCGUCACGGAGAAUCUCAUUCGGCAGCUCAACAUCCCUCAUCAAUACUCAGGUAUUGUCGUCACUGGAAUUGCAGGCAAGGAGUGUACUCGGACACGAGGAGUCGUAUCACUCACGUUACACUCGACACAUUCCAACGCAGCUGUCACAAUUCAAGCUCAUGUCCUCCGGACAGUUACAUCAAUCUUACCAUCGCUCGAGGCGGAACCGGAAGAAUGGCCGCAUCUCAGGACCUUGGCACUAGCCGAUCCAGGCCUUCUCAUCCCGCGGCCAGUUGACAUCCUCAUCGGCGCAGAUGCUUACGGGCAAAUCAUCAAGCCCAAUAUCAUUCGGCAUUCUCCACUCAUGCCGAUAGCGCAACUCUCCAUUUUCGGAUGGCUCGUUCUUGGACCAGUCAAUAGAGAAGCAACACGCACAUCAACGCACCAUGCCUCUACUCAAAUCAAUGAGGAUGCUCUCAACGAGUUAUUGACGAAAUUUUGGAAUCAAGAGGAGGUGCCUACUCACGAUGUCACUCAGCUCACUCCCAACGAGCAGAGGUGCGAGAAGCACUUCAAGACUACACACUCUCAUGAUUCUUCAGAGAGGUACAUCGUCAGGAUUCUACUCAAUUCACCAAACGAUCUUUUGGGUGAUUCUUACAACGCCGCUCAUCAAUGUCUGAAGGGAUUACGCAGACGAUUCUCAAGGAAUGAGAAUUAUCAACAUCUCUAUCAACAAUUCAUGAUUGAUUACGAGACACUCAACCACAUGACGAAGGCAUCAUCCAUCUCCAGUCAUCGCUCACAUUUUCACCUGACACAUCACGGUGUUCUCAAUCCGGACAGUAUUGCAACGAAACUGCGGGUAGUUUUUAAUGGCUCUAGCGCAUCCACAUCAGGCUACUCGGUCAACUACCUCAUGUACACUGGAGCAAAGCUACCUCUGAACAUCUCAGAUGUUCUACCUGGGAUACGUAGACAUAGUCACAUUUUCGCUACGGACAUCACCAAAAUGGACAGACCGAUUCAGAUUCACAAGGAUGACUGGGAGUUACAGCGGAUACUCUGGAUGGACAAUCAGCUCAAUGAGGUGCCAUAUCAUUCAACAACGGUCACUUACGGGACGAAGGUCGCACCAUUCUCAGCCGUACGGACCUUGUUACAAUUAACAGAAGACGAAGGACAUAGUUUCCCACUGGCUGUGCCAGUUAUCACUCACGGCAGGUAUGUCACUGAUAUAUUUGGUGGUGCAGAUACAAUACAACAAUUGCAGGAGGUCGCACAUCAACUAAAGGGCCUCUGCAUGGCGGGCGGCUUCCCACUAGCAAAAGGGCAUGCAACUCAUCUCGACAUACUCAAGACUGUCACCGACAGCGAAGACCAAGGCUCACAAAUCACCUUCGACGAUUGCGCAACCAAGAUACUCGGACUCAAAUGGCUCCCUCAAGAAGAUACCUUUGCAUUCUCAACCCGAAGCUCACGCUCGGAAGGCAGACUCACAAAACACCUCGUCUUAUCUGAAGUAGCUCAGAUACUCGAUCCACUUGGUUUUGCAUCACCUGUCGUGAUCAAGGCCAAAAUUCUCUUGCAGGAGCUGUGGCUGCACAAGCUCCAAUGGGAUGAUCCACUGCCAUCCCAGCUCUCAGCCCGGUGGCUCAUUAUCAGAGAAGAACUCACAAGCUUGACCAAGCUCUCAAUACCACGGUGGCUCAACACGUGGAGCGACUCGCAAGUGGAACUUCAUGGAUUCUCUGAUGCUUCUCAAUUGGCAAUGGCUGCAGUUAUAUACAUAUCCGUUCACGACUCAAACGGCGCCACGUUCUCACUUGUGUGCUCCAAGACUAAGGUAGCACCUCUCAAGCAGCUCUCAAUCCCGCGACUUGAACUCACGGCUGCUCUACUGCUCUCUCGACUCAUGCAAUACGUCAAAGCCACUUUGAACAUGGACGUAACGGCAACUCACAUGUGGAUGGAAUCUCUAGUGACACUUUCAUGGAUCAGAUCUCACACAUCACGCUGGAAGGAUUUUGUCAGAUACAGGGUGGCUCAAAUUGAAGGACUCACUCCAGCUGCUCACUGGAGAUACAUACCUGGAACUUCCAAUCCGGCUGGUGGCGCAUCACGAGGCCUCACGACUGCUCAACUUCAAAACCAAUCACUUAGGUGGACGGGACCACCAUGGAUACUCAACCCAGACUCAUGGCCGUCGCAACCUGCACUCUCUGAAGAAUUGAGUGCAACAGAAGCUCGCCCAGGCGUUUCGCUAUUGACGGUUACGCCAAGGACUGAUCAUCAAUGGGAACUCAACUACAGGUACUCAAGCCUCACUAAACUAUUGAGGAUUACAGCUCUCUGUUUCAGAUUCGUCUCACGGUUGAGGAAAGUCUACGACUCAUUGCCUGUCAGACACAUCUCUCCAGAGACCUUGGAGAAAGCGAGGCUCUUCUGGAUUCAGGCAGCUCAAGCAACGCACUUCUCUCACGAGCUCAAGGCGCAACAAGCAGACUCACCGUUGGUAAAGGCACACUCAUUCAACCGAUCAACUGCGUACAUCGACGCUCAAGGAGUCAUUCGCGUCGGCGGACGACUCGCUCACGCAGCUCUCUCACUCGAUGCGACACAUCCUGUAAUAUUGCCUCGUCACUCUCAGCUGUCGUCAUUGAUCAUCGCUCACGCUCAUCAACGGACUCUACAUGGAGGCACGCAGCUCACGCUGUCGCACAUCCGACAACAAUACUGGAUUCUCGGCGGGAGGGCUCCUGUCAAGUCUCACAUUCUGCGGUUUGUCACGUGUGCUCGGCUGAGGGGGAUCCGUGCUCAUCAAUUGAUGGGCCAACUACCUCUCUCUCGGGUUACGCAGGCACGACCGUUCACUCAUACAGGUGUGGACUACGCAGGGCCACUCACCGUCAAAACAUGGAAAGGAAGAGGUGCCACGACCACUAAGGACUGGACUUACGUUUUUGUCUGCUUCUCAACUUCAGCAGUACACCUCGGGGCGGUUAGUGAUUACUCAUCUGAAGGGUUCAUUGCCGCCUAUCGACGCUUCUCAUCCAGACGCGGCAUCGCUCACACCUUACAAUCAGACUGCGGCACCAAUUUCAUCGGCGCAGAUACGGCUCUCAAACGGCUCUUUAUCCAGAGCACUCAAGAACAUCAGCGAGUUUCUCACCUGCUCUCGCAAGAUAACAACCGAUGGGAAUUCAAUCCCCCAGCGACACCUCACAUGGGAGGAAAAUGGGAGGCCGUCGUGAAACCAAUCAAAUUCCAACUACGGCGCACCAUUGGAGAAGCCGUACUCACCUUUGAGGAACUCACCACAUUGCUCACUCAAAUUGAGCAACUCAUCCAGCAAAAGGCACAACAGUUUUGGACACAAUGGUCAUCGCAUUACCUACAACGACAACAAGCCAUCUCAAAGUGGCAUCACAGGAACAACGAGAUCAAGAUCGGAUCAUUGGUGCUCAUCACAGACGAGCGGCUACCACCAUGCAAAUUAGCCCGGAUAUCAGCCCUACAUCCUAGGAAGGAUGGACUCGUGCGGGUGGUGACUUUGAAGACAGCCACUGCCAUACUCAUCCGACCAGUGAUCAAGCUCUCCGUCCUGCCAAUCUCAUCUUAA